UUUAUUCACUCUUGUUUAUUUGUUGCUCUGAAAAUUUCAAGAAAGAGGAUAUUAUUAUUAAAACAAAUUAUAAAGUGGCCUAUUUGUCAUGUGGAAGUGGAAGGAGGUGAAUAUACAGUGGAGUAGAGAAUGUGAAAAGAUGUAAUUUAUUGUUCCUUUUCUUUUCUCCCCUGUUUUUCAUCCACAGCAUAUUCCAUUUCUGUACCCAUCAAUCUCUUUCUAUCUAAAAAACAAUGAUAUGUAGCCUUUGGGGUCUACAAUUUGCUCCAAGAUAAUGUCUUUUUUGGGGUUAGUUACUCUCAAGUCUUAACUACUACCUUCAACUCAACCACUCGGCUCAUAAUCUCCAAGAAGCAAUCUUUGCAUUUGGGCUCAUUUCCUUUGGCAUAUUCAUCUUCAACCCAUGUUAGAUCUGUCUAUUUUAUUAGUCAAAUUUCUGCUUCUGAAGGGAACUUAUUGAAUCUUACACUUUGUACUCCCAAUUUUCCUUGCUAAAUUUAUCCAUCAUUUGAUUGCUUGCAUAAGGGAAUAUUUUUUUGGUAGCUUUAUCUCAAGAAUCUUGGAUACGUGUCUUCGGAUAAUCCUAGGCCCCCCACGAUUUGGGUUUUGGUGGGCUUCGUCAUAGCAAAUUAGAAGCCAUUAUUGAUCUUCAAGAUCUGGAAGAUCGCUUUUCUCUUUUUCGGCUUUUUUUAUUCUGUUUCACAAAGGGGCUGAACAAGAGUAUAAAUAAAGGACACGACUUUCUUUUUCGUAGUGUUUCAUAUUUAAUCAUUUUACUUUUAGCUCAUUGCUUUUCGUAAUUGGUCGCCUAUUCUUCAUUUCUUACUUUUUUCUAUAAUUUUUUUUCCCUAAAUAUACUCCCACCACACACAUACUAUGAGCCCAACUCAGGAAGUCCACAGCACCUAUUUUCAAAUGCUUCUGUUCUUGAUCACUUGCUCUCUCUCUCUAAUCCUCUUUUACAAGUCUCUCACUCUCAAGCCGCUUCCCUCAUGGGCUUGUGAGAUGAGAUUUCUUUUCCUGUGGUUUUGGAAAGACCUCUCCUUUUUUCUGGAAAGAAUUUUGUUGGGUGUGAUAAAUGUCUCGUUUUUUUCCUCUAAAAUGUCACUCAAGAAGAAAAUUUUAACCCCCAAAAUUGAGAGUGUUGAGUUGAACCAAGAGAUGUCGGUUUUGGAUUUACCCGACCUCGUAUUGGAGAGCAUUCUCGAAAGGCUUCCUCCGAAUGAGCUCUGUAAGGUGGCUAAUGUGUGUAGUGUUUUCAGAAAUAAGUGUUUGAGUGAUCACUUGUGGGAAAUGCAUAUAAAGAACAAAUGGGGUCGAGUCAUAGGCGCGGCUGCUUAUAAGGAAUGGCGUCGCCAAAUUGUUUCGAGGAAAGGUUCGAUUUUUUCCGGCCACGGCAAGAAUAAGGGGCAAAUUGGGUAUUCUAAUUUGGUUGAUUUGUGGCCACUUGAGUUGAUUAGAUCUAGUUUUAGCAAUAUUUUUAAAAAGAAUUAUUUUCCUCCGGCUGAGUCGAUGAUGUCUUGUUAUCUCGCGAUUGAGUCGGGCAAUUUCUGGUUUCCUGCGCAGGUUUAUAAUCGAGAGAAUGGUCAUGUUGGAUUUAUGCUAUCUUGUUAUGAUGCUAUGGUCAGCUAUGAUCGACGAACCAAUACUUUCCAAGCCAGAUAUCCUGAACAUGGAACAAGACCAACUACAGUGGAGACUGGUGUUACUUUGGACAGGCUUAGAGCUAAACCUUUGGAUACGAGUUCGCAUGAUCUUUAUCUCUCUAAUUGUUUAGAUGAGUUAAAACCAGGUGAUCACAUUGAAAUCCAGUGGAGACGUAACAAAGAAUUCCCAUACGGUUGGUGGUAUGGUGUCGUUGGGCAUUUAGAAACAUGUGAUGGGAAUGCCAAUUACUGCAGAUGUCAUGAUAGAGACACUCUUGUGCUCGAAUUCAACCAAUAUGCUCACGGGUCCCGGUGGAGGAGGACACUUGUCAACAGGAAAGACCACAGAGAAAAGGGUAACGAUGUCGACGGCUUUUAUGGCGGAAUCCGAAAGCUAUAUGGGAAUGAAGAGAUUCUCAAGUGGAGAAAGCUUUGGCCGGCAGAAGUUUUCGAAUAGGUCACAAGACCGAUUUUCUUGUUAUACGUAUUUCGGUUAGAAGCUGAACCGGAAUUCCAGGACAAGGUCCUAGCAAGACGGGUUUCUUGAGAAGCACGAAUAUUGUUGGCUUUUAGCUUAAUGCUGCAGAUUAAAGGUGUAGCCUGAGAAAGAGAUUUGUGGGCAGUUGUGAAGAUAAAUAUUGGCAAGAGUUGUGUAUAUUACCUUCAUUUGAGACUUCAGUCCUAAAGAUGAAAUGUGAUGUUGCAUGUGUUUUGUAGCCUUCUUUACAAACACUAAUGAAAACAAGUGAUUGUUGGUUGAAGAUAAAUAAAUUAUGAAGUGUAACGGGAGAGCAAACUUUUGCGUACAAAUAAUUUUCAUGUAAGAACAUAAAAUGAAAUAUAGUAGAAGCACGAAUAUACAAAAUUUUCUUUGGGGAGCGUCCUAUUUUUUUCAAAA